AUGUCCGAAAAGGAGUCAGUCCAAGAUGACCAAGAAACCUACCCAUCGCCAAUAAAACAAGCUGUGAUCGUCACGGCUCUCUGCCUUGCAAUCUUCUGCAUGGCGCUGGAUAACACAAUCAUUGCGACAGCCAUUCCUCAUAUCACAGGCCAAUUCCAUGCACUCGACAAUGUAGGUUGGUAUGGUAGCGCUUAUUUCCUCGCCACAUGCUCAAUGCAACUGGUCUUCGGAAAGCUUUACACCUUCUGCUCUAUCAAAUGGGUGUUCCUUUCAGCAUUGGUCAUUUUCGAAAUCGGAUCUUUGGUUUGCGGUGUAACUCCGAAUUCAUUGGGACUUAUACUUGGUCGAGCGAUUGCUGGAAUUGGAGCAGCUGGUCUAUUCUCCGGUGCUAUUUUAAUCAUCGCGAACUCGGUGCCAUUGGAAAAAAGACCUCUAUAUACCGGUAUUGUUGGGGAAUGGGCGGAGCUUUCACAGACCAUGUCUCGUGGUGUUGGUGCUUCUUUAUCAACCUCCCAAUCGGUGCUGUGA